GAACCCCUCCUGUGCCCCCCCCCAAGACACCUCAGUAGUAGUGAGGAGAAGAGCUGCAGCCCUUAGCCACUCCUUCGCCUCCUUCAAUUGGAAGGAGGAGGCCACCUCCCUCCCCGGUCUCAUUGGUAUGCAAGCGACGCAGUGUGUGUAUGUGGAGAGGGGAGAGUAAGAGAGGCAGCAGCCAGUGUGAUGGGCUAGAACAGGAGGAGGAGGAAAGUGAAUGAGAGCUGCUGGAGCUGGCUUGCCUUUCUUUCGUCUGCUGAAGCUGGGUUUACAACCCCGUCACGCUGCACUGACAAGGAGCAGAGUCACGGCCCGAUCACAGCACCACCGACCAGUUACUACUCCACCAGCAAGGAUGACCAGUGACCAAGAUCGCUAGGCUUUCUUCAUCUGCAGAACAGAGGAAACACAGCCUCAUCAAGGCCGCCUUCUCCUUUCAGUUCAUCCCUUGCAAUUCUGGCACCAGCUGCUACUUAACCACAUUUUCCUCCACAUUGUCUCAUCCUUCCAACAACGGGACCACUUAACUCUUACUCCUCCCUAUGCCCUUGUCCUCAGAAGCUCCUCUCACCUCCCUGGCCAGUAUAUGGAUAGAAGCUCCCUGUUUCAGCUCAUACAAGAGCAGUUGGACCCAGAGAACACCGGUUUCAUCCCAGUGGAGAACUUCACCAGCUUGGUGGAGCAUCAUGAGCUGCAGCUGGAUCCAUCCAAACUGGACAUGUUGUUAGCCCUUGUCCAGAGCAAUGAGGAGGGACAGGUGUGCUACCAGGAGCUCAUCGAGCUGAUGAGCAGCAAACGCUCCAGCAGUUUCCGACGAGCCAUAGCCAACGGUCGCCGCACGCUGCAGCGGGAGAUCCUGCUAGACGAGACGGGCCUGGGUCUGUACAAACGUUUUGUCCGCUAUGUGGCCUACGAAAUACUGCCCUGCGAGACAGACCGGCGCUGGUACUUCCAUCAAAACCGCCUGUGUCCUCCUCCGGUCUUCAUCGCCAUUGUCACCAUCGUCCAGAUUAUUGUGUUCAUGUGUUACGGCAUCAUGCUCAACAAGUGGGUUCUGCAGACAUAUCAGCCUGACUUCAUGAAAAGCCCACUGGUUUACCAUCCCGGCCACCGAGCCCAAGUGUGGCGUUUCUUCAGCUACAUGUUCAUGCAUGUUGGUUUGGAGCAGUUAGGAUUCAACGCUUUACUGCAGCUGAUGAUAGGUGUUCCCUUGGAGAUGGUCCAUGGCAUAUUACGGAUUAGUUUGCUUUACAUGGCAGGAGUCCUGGCUGGCUCGCUGACAGUGUCCAUCACAGACAUGCGCGCUCCAGUGGUGGGGGGUUCUGGGGGAGUCUACGCUCUGUGCUCAGCUCAUCUGGCGAAUGUCGUCAUGAACUGGGCUGGGAUGCGCUGUCCGUACAAGCUGCUCCGCAUGAUCCUGGCACUGGUUUGCAUGAGCUCAGAGGUGGGUCGCGCAGUCUGGCUCCGCUUCUCACCGCCGUUGCCCUCGUCAGGUCCGCAGCCCAGCUUCAUGGCUCACCUGUCGGGGGCCGUGGUCGGCAUCAGCAUGGGGCUGUUGAUCCUGCGCAGCUAUGAGGAGAGUCUGCAGAAACAGUGCUCCUGGUGGGUCAUCGUCUUCUCCUUCAUCACCUUCCUCCUCUUUGCCAUCUUUUGGAACAUCUUCGCGUAUGAGCUCCUAGGUGUGCAAAUCCCUCCUCCCCCCUGAUGACGGCCCUGUGCUCAGCACCUCGAAAAUACUCGACCUUUUGCUUCAUCUCAAGUUAGCCCCAUGAAACCAUUCAAACUUAUAAUCCAUCAAGAAUCCUUUUUUAUUGAUCCUUUGCGAAUCAAAGAAAUAUGUCUCUUUUAUUAAAGAGGGGAUUAUCGUAGCAACAAGUACAGGUCAACGUUCCUCAGACCUACUGGAGGAGCAUUUUGUCUUUUUUAUACACAUCAUAUCUCCUCUUCAUUACCAGCACCAGGUCUACUGAUAGCAUUUUUCUUUCAAAUGACUCAUUGGUCAUUUAUUUCAAGUGCAACUUUCAUAUAUAGACCUCAAAUUAGACAGAAUUCAUCACAUGGGUCCAGCUAAAAAGAAAGUCAAAAGGGAGUCAAUGGAUCCGUUCUGGAAAAGCAUGUCAAUGGAAAACACAAAAAGAACUAAUCAAUUUUAAACUUUUUUUUGUCUUCAAUUUUUAACUUCAACUUACAGGACUGUGACUUUUUGCAAAAUUGCUGGCAUACCAAAUUGGAAGAAAAAAAUCACACAUCAAAUAUGGUGCUCUGAGUGAUAUUUUUUAAAACAUCUGUAGGUUAGACAGAAAAAUGGGUUGAAUUUGAUGUGGAUCUUUAAAGUUGAGCAAUUGCCCUGUCAUAUUUACGUUGUAGAGCGCCGGUAUCUGCAUUUUUUCCUGGUUCCGACUCUUGCACUGUGGAUACAGAAACGCACAUGACAUGAAAAUAGGAGAUGAAAAAGAAAGUCAAACGUUGUCGUGAUCCGGUGAAAAGACAACAAAAACAGUCCACCACUUCAGCAGCAAAUGCCAUUUUACAUCCAUUACUGAUGUAAAAUAUGCCAUUUUCUGGAGCUUUCAGCAAGAUGGGAACACCAUCUUCUCCUUUUUUUGUCUUUGAGAAGAAAUGCUGCCUGAGUCUGUUGCUCAACAAGGAAAAACACAGCAGACACUCACACGGACGCCUCUGCCUGUUCCCGCUCUGGCAGACUGACCUUGGGAGAAGGUCGUGGAUGCGUCGGCCCCUGACCUCUGUCCUACAUAUCCUGGAGGGCAUUGGGGUCGUCGUCAGGCCCAGUUGAUACCUCAGUUUCUUGUUCUUAGGGACUGUAUACAUUUGUAAAGGAAUGUACCUAUGAAGAAAAACGUGUUAUUCUGUUGUCUGUUUUUUAUUUGACAGUGAAUAUGUAUAUUAUAUGUUCAUAAAUAAGACUAUAUUUAUUUGUAUUUUUCCCCUGUUGGGGGAAACGAGAAAAAAAUUCAAAUGGUGCAAAAUUUUAUGGUAUGAUUGUCCUUAUGACUCCUAUAUGGCUUUGAAUUAAAAAAAUAAGAGCCAAAAUCUUACAAGUGGAUUCCACUUGAUUUUAUAUAUUUAAAGUCAGUGCUUUAUAAAGUAAGCCAUAGGAAAAGCUAACAGAAGAGGGUAAAACUUGGAGGGAAAAAGAAAAGUAUUUAUUGGGUCAAAAGCCACUGACCAGUAGUUACA